GAGGACGGAGCUCGAGCGCUUAUUCCGUUAGCGGCGCGGACCGGACCCGGACCCGACCGAACCGAUUUCUCCCCCUUCCCCGCCCGCCCCCUCACCCUCUCCCCCCGUUUGACUGCAAAUGGCCGAGCUCAGCGACGAGCAGCAACAGGUGGAAGCCGUUGAAAACCUUAAAGGGGAAGGAAACGAGGCUCACUUGAAAAUUGAAGAGGAUGAGUCUUCAAAAGAGGAGACUUCAAGUCUGAAGGAAAAGUCCAUAGGAAUCAAGAAAUCUAAUAGAUUUCAUCCAUACUCAAAAGAAAAGACUGCGAAUGGAGACAAGAAGGGCUAUAAUCGUAACCGAGUUUUUAUUAGCAACAUUCCGUAUGACAUGAAGUGGCAAGCAAUUAAAGACCUUAUGCGAGAAAAAGUUGGUGAGGUAACAUACGUGGAACUCUUUAAGGAUGCUGAAGGAAAGUCAAGGGGAUGUGGUGUUGUGGAAUUCAAAACUGAAGACUUUGUCAACAAAGCUAUGGAUAUUAUGAAUAAGUUUGAUCUUAGUGGAAGACCACUUACCAUAAAGGAGGAUCCUGAUGGAGAACAUGCACGCAGGGCUAUGCAACGUGGUUCAUACCCUGGUGUUCUGGGGCUAGAUAUGGGUUCUCCAAUUGUCAAUUUGCCACCAAAUAUAGUCAAUAACCCAAAUAUCCCAUCGGAGGUCAUCACUGCUCUACAAGGUGGCAGACUUGGGACAACCGUGUUUGUUGCCAAUCUGGACUUCAAAGUUGGUUGGAAGAAGCUGAAAGAGGUUUUCUGCAUGGCUGGAGUAGUAAAGCGUGCAGAUAUCAAAGAAGAUAAAGAUGGCAAGAGCCGUGGAAUAGGAACAGUGACUUUUGACCAGUCCAUUGAAGCAGUUCAAGCUAUCUCAAUGUUCAAUGGGCAGCUUUUGUUUGACAGGCCAAUGCAUGUGAAGAUGGAUGAUAAAUCUGUUCCACAUGAUGAUUACCGAGUUUUGGAGAGCAAGUCGCAACAAUUGCCUCGUGGACUUGCAGGUAUUGGAAUGGGACUUGGACCUGGUGGCCAACCAAUAGCUGCGAACCAAAUGAAUAGUGGAAUGGGAAACAUGGGAUCUGGAGGGAUUGGAAUGGAUGGGCCAGUCUUUGGAGGAAUGAAUAGAAUGGGUGGAGGAGGAAUGAGCGGUCCCAGUGGCUUUGGCAGUGGCAUGGAUGCCAUGAAUAACAUGGGAGGCUACGGUGGUGGCAGCAUGAGCGGCAUAGGAAACAUGGGCCGAAUGGGAGGUAUGGGUCCUAUUGAUGAUUUUAGAGGAAACCUAGCUGGAGGAAUGGGAAACAUGGGUGGAAAUAUGGGAGGAAUGGGUAGCAACAUGAGUGGAUUUGGAGCAACAGGCAGCAGUGUGGGUGGCAUGGGAAGCAACAUGGGAGAUAUGUACCGCCCAGGAAUGGGGUCUGGUGCCAUGGGUGGCAGCUUUGAUCGGGAUUUCGGUAGAAAUGACAUGGGAAUGAACCGGGGUUUUGGAGAGUCAUUUGGAGGAAUGGGAGGUGGAAUGGGUGGAGGUCUUGGAGGAAACCUUGGCGGUGGAAUGGCAACAACUAGCAUGGGCCCGAUAGGAUCAGGAAUGGGUGGUGGGAUGGCUGGUAUGAAUAGCAUGGGAGGAGUCAUGGGAAUGGGUAUGGAUCGCAUGGGUUCCAACCUUGACCGAAUGGGAUCGGGAAUGGGAGUUGGUCUCGACAGGAAUAUGGAUAUGGAUCGUGGAUUUGGAAAUUUAAACACCGGUUCAAUGGGAAGCGGAUUGAGAGAACGUGGAAGUGGCUUUCGGGGCUGCCAAAUUUUUGCAAGAAAUCUUCCAUAUGAUCUACCAUGGCAGAAGCUAAAGGAAAAGUUCAGCCAAUGUGGCCACGUAAUGUUUGCUGAAAUAAAAAUGGAAAACGGCAUGUCCAAGGGUUGUGGAACGGUGCUCUUUGACACCCCAGAAGCAGCAGAGAAAGCCUGCAGAUUGAUGAACGGCACCAAGAUCACUGGGCGAGAGAUAGAUGUGCGCUUGGAUCGCAAUGCGUAAAUUAAAGUCAGUGAUGUACAGUAAUAUACAGCAUGUCUGAUUAGCUUGAUUCUGCUUUUCAUUUUUACCAAACUGAUUUCCCACAGCUUAGUGUAGCUUACCUAUUGUGUGAGCUCUAAUGUAAUUUCAAGGACCACCAGCCUUUGUAAUUGGAUAUGGAGAUAGUUUGUGUAUGGUUAUGUAAUUUCUGUUAUCAAAAUGUCAGAUUUUUUUUAUAGUAUUUCAGACAACACCUUAGUGGUCAUUGUUCUGUUUGAAUGGAUAAACGUUUUUUAAUAAAAUGUUGUCGAAUUUU